UGUGUACUAUACUAGCUAGCUGUGCAUGUAGUACUCGCUGGAUCAAGUUCAACAUUUUUACACACGGUAUUAAAGGAGCAGGGCACAACCGAAGGAGCACCUAACUGUUUAUACAAUUGUUAAGAAAACUGCAAGAUUUACUUGUUGACACCUCGUUAACCUUUCAGCUCAGCGAACACAACAAAGAAGAGGUUUGCUAAAUUGCAUACAACUGAAAUCUAUUUCCUGAAUUUCGCUCAUAUUCUAGUAAGACUAUCAUUCACAUCGCUGUCACGUGAACAAGUGUACAUGCAAGCUUUAUACCGUUGGCUUAUGUUCCUCCCGCCAUACAAAAGUGACACCGCUGAUAUGGCUACUCUGGAUGUUAUGUACUGAGAAAGUAGUAGCAAGCCGCUAUAUACAGGCAUCAUCUUUGAUUAUAAGCCUAAGUAAGGCUAAUAAGACACCACCAUAACUGUCACCUAAACACUGUGGAAUAGAUCCUUAAAUUACUUUAUUUAUUGGCCAUGGCUGAGCAGAAACAAGACCCGAUUACUGCCUACUCGGAGAGACUGGCAUGUCCGCUAUGCCUCGAUGUGUUUAAAGACGCCACUCUCGUGGGUUGCGGACACACCUUCUGUCGAAGAUGUCUGAAGCGAUACGAAAUAUCUCAUCGAGAACUUGACCAUAUGGUGUGUCCAGUCUGCAGGAAGAUCACAAAGUGGCAGGACAAUCGCGUUGACGAUCUCCCGUCCAACCAAGCAGUCAAUGAUCUCAUAGACGAGCUCCACAGUAAGUUUGGAGGACCCUCACGUCCCAGGCGGGAUAUUAAGUGCACUGCUUGCAAACUUCAAGUAAAGGCGAGCUCUUAUUGUAAGGCUUGUGACGCGUUCAUGUGUGAGCUGUGUUUGGAGAGUCACCAGAACAUGUCAUCCGUGUUUGAAGGCCACACGGUACAAUCCCUGCAGGAUGUCAUCAAGAAUAUCAACGUUUCCUGCCCUACACAGGACGACAUGGAGGAAGACAUGCAGCUGAAGGUCGAUGAGCUCAUGCAGCAAUGCAGGGCCAAAGUGGCAAAACUAAAAGAUAAUGCGGAUGAGGAUGAGGUUGAAGAACAGCGCAGUCAAAUUCAUGCUGCCAUGCAGAAGCUUCAAGAUGAUAUUCGGCAGGCAUAUGAGGCCAACGCCAAGCAACUGGCGGAAAACCAGAACAGACUCGUGAAGGAAAUCAAAGCCCUUGGGCUUGGUUCUAAUUCUAAUGGUGAUGGGAAUGUCUUGGAUUAAUUAGCAACUGCUGAAAAACCAGAACAAAUCAAAGCCCUUUUCGCUUGAGCUUUGUUCAGUUCUAAUGGUCAUUUUUCCACCUCUCCCAGGAACCUAUUCUUUACAACAAGCUAUUCCUGCACAUUUCACAGUUUUGUACUUGUGUUGUCUGGGUUUUAAUAAUUGUCAAACAUAUUUGGUGAUACCUGUAUAUAAUUUUAUAGUCUGAUUAAUUUGUCAAUUACUAUAAUAAUUUUUUUAAUUAUAAAACAAUAAGUCUUAUAUGUAUAUUGUCUUAUGUGUAUAAAUUGUAAAUCAAUAUGUAUUGAAUCUGCAUAUGAAAUGUGAAACCAAUAAACUCAAUAAACUCAUCUCAACUCAAAUGUUGAUAUGGACCAAGGUCUUGGAAUCUGAACAUCAAGGGCAGUCACACCAGGGUUGUCGGACAUCGGUUGACAGGGAAUGAUGAUUCUUUCUUGAGAUGCUGUAAAUAGCCCUAUUGUGCAUCUGACGUCGCUUUUUGAUAUUGAAUAUGGUACAUGUACAUGGUGUGUAGGAUAAAAGGGUUGAAGAAUUCACCUUGAAAGUUGAAAAGAUGUAUUCGGCUGAUAUCGUUCAUUCUACAUCAAUACUAUUUUAUUCUGUUUACACUGAAUGGACACAUCUCUAUAUUUCUUUGAAAAAUUGAGAUACUUGUUCAUAAUUAUAUGUAGAUAGUCUGGUACUCUAAUAACUGAUUGUAAACAUGAGUGUCAAGAGUGAUGUUGAGUUGUUAAGUUGGCAAAUAUAAAAUAAUUACUUUAUUUAUUGAGUGUAUACACUGUCAAAUAUGUUGGAUCCAUGCUUCAAUUAAUUAGGCCAAAAUUUACAAUGAAGUCACAAAAAAUUAAUUCCUCCCCCUUAACACCCAAACUCCAGCAAAGCUACUUCAUAGUACAGUAGCCUAGUCAUAACGUGUACUAGUAUGUUAUAGAGACACCUUGCCUUCUGAAUUUACGAAAUUAAGAUCAUAAUCAUACAAGAGGACAUUUUGCAUUUUUCCCACUUUAGGCCCAUCCCAGGACUAUCGUCUUUUAAAUUUGUAUUAUAAAUGCUCAGAAGUGUACAUGAUUGUAUAUUAAAUUUA